AUGGAAGGUGAGGUACUGCAAAUUGUUGCGGAAGUUGAGUGCGGAAAAGAUCGUGUGGCUCGGGUUGUAGUCGGCCAACACGGCCUGACGGUUGUAGCGGUAGCAAAAUCGGUGAACGAAGCGAUGCAAGAUUUAUUAGCACAACAACUCUUCAUACGGAUACUUGUGAAAGUCAAUGGUAAAAUGUAUCAGAUCGCCAAUGAUCCACGUCUGGCCAGCAGCCGUAGUGGAGUAGCUCGGUAA